AUGGCUGUGCGACAGAAUAACAUGAUGGAAACAUACCACGGCCUCGUGCGGACUCCCGCAGAUGCGAUCAAACUAUUCGAGGCCUGCAGGCUCGGCCUGCUGCCUCGCGUGCAGCGCAGGUUAUCAGAGAAGGAGCGCCAGUCCAUCCGGUCCGGGUCCGUCUUCGUUUGGGAUGAGAGGGAAGCCGGUAUGCGCAGGUGGACGGACGGAAAAUCAUGGAGCGCCAGCAGGGUCUCGGGCAGUUUCCUCACUUACCGGGAGAUGGAGGGCAAGCGUGGCGGCGGCUUCGGCGCAUCACGGAGGAGCGUCGGCAAGACACCUGACUCUGGCCGCGGCAGCGACGAGGACAACGACGACGGUGAGCCCGACGGGUACCGGUACAAGGCCGACGGCCUCAUGAAGCAGUCCUUCAGCAUCACCACCUCGCAGGGCCAGCACCUCCACCUGAUCUCAUACUUCUCCCGCCCGCACCCCAGCGAGCCAGAGCUCCCACAACCCAGCUCGGACCCCAGCCUGAGGCACAUCGUGCCCGUCAAGGGCAUGUACCCCGAGUCGAGCAUGAACGAGCAGCCCGUCCCUGCCAUGACCAGGACACCUAUGGCAUCGGCAUACGCGCCAGCAGCACCACACCCAGCGGCAUACCACCCACAAUACGCACAACAGUCACCAUACCCAGGCUGGCCGCCCUCGCCUGUUGCGACGCCGCCCUACAGCCACUACACAGUGUCUGCUCCAUACCCACCAACACAACUCCCACCACCACCAGCUGGCGCUCCAUACCCGCCACCUCACCACGGCCACCCGCACCACUACCUCCCAGGGCCUCCCCCACCGCACCUGCCUACGACCGUCCCCAGCUGCCACCGCCGGGGUCUGCCUCGCAACCAAGAGUCGCCAUACCUGGCGCAGAUCAGGAUAAACGAAGAGUCGCCGCGCCUACAACAACUGCAGUUGAAGGCCGGCGGCGCCGGACGGACGAUGCCCGGGCCCCUGCCCUCGGUGCACAGCUCGACGCCGCCGCCUCGCGCGCUUUCGCAGUCGCCACCCAACGUUAGCGGUAACAAGGCCAGCCUCUCGGCGCUGCUGCACCCAAACCCAACACCAUCGAACUCGGAGCCAACGAGCGCGGCGGGCAGCAACAGUGCGACGAGCAGCCCACGUGGAACCGGCGCAGCUAUGGGCAGCGCUGCUAUGGGAAGCGCUGCCUCGGCAGGUUUGAUGGCCAAGGGUUUCCACGAGGACGCAAGAGCAUUGGACGUUCUUAACAAGAAGUUCUCCAUUUGA